AUGAGUAACUUUGAUAAGUUAAAUCGUUUAAAAUCGUUCAAUGAACGUAAUGGAUUUGUAUCUAAUGCAGAUAAACUUAUUUCUUGUUCAAUAAAGAGGCAAUUGUACGGGACUGACCAUAGUUAUGAUGGGUAUACACAAAUUUCAGGCACAGAUGUAGAUGUUGACCAAGAAAAUGAGGAAUUGGGUUUAAAAAAUGACUCCCCUUAUUCCGGACAUGGACAAACAGGCACAUCCUCGUAUGAUUCAGAUGAGGAUUCGGAUUCCUACGAUGAUGAAACAACCUCUUAUUCUGAUGAUUCAGAGGAACAGAACAAGUCGCCAGAUUCAGUGGAAUCUAAAAGUCCACAAACAGUUAAAUCGCAAAACCCAGGUGACCUGAACAGUAACAAUGGAGGGGUGUAUAAGGAUGAGGAUCAUGAUGAAUAUUCAAAGGGAAGUAGUAACAAUGAUCUGAAACCCAAAGAUGGAAUUAAAUUUGGCAAUGAUAACGAAUACCUGAAAAACGUGUUUUCAAACCUGGAAAACCAGCUAAGUAAGGUCAGACUAGGAUACCAAGCAAGUUUGAGCAAUCGCUCCCUGGAGUCGUCGAUAUUGAAACAAGAUUUGAGGCGUUCUCAAUCGAUGAGUACUUUAAAAUCUGGGAGUAGUAUUGAUAAUACAGCAGGUAACAACUUUUCAAAUCUAUCAAUUUCCAACACAAACCGCCAAAACAAUUUUGAUUUGAAUAAGUGGUUUGAUGAAUUACCUGCUGGACUAAGGAACUUCGUCGAAAUAGAGUCGUCUAACAACUCAGCUGAUAGAAACAAUUCUUUCCGUAGCACAAAUUCUAACAAGAACGAGCUGAUGAAACAGAACACCAUGUAUGAGAAUAGUGCAGAUGACAAAAGUAAUCCAGUUAGAGAAAAUGAAACUGAAUCCUCAAAUAAUCAGCAUGGACCAGUUUCUGAUGAAAAAAAGCCAAAUGAAGGUACUGGAGGAUAUUUUGAAAAGUUAACCAAGGAUUACAUUAAUCCAAUCAAAAAAAUGUUUUCCGAAGAUUUAAAAAAUGAUAUCAAGGAUGAAAUAAAGUAUUUUAAGGAUGACCUGACCUAUUUGAAGGAAGGAAUAGUGGAUUUGUAUAACAAGUCACCCAAGAUGCUACAGAACUUGAUGAAUGAGGAGUCGGAAAGUGAAUUGAGUGCAAACGCAAAAAUAGAAAAGAAGCUGCUGGUGAACCCUAACUCAUAUUAUUUACAGUCCACAAGAAAUACGAAUAUGAAAACGGGAAGUUCCACGAAGGCAGCGGACGGGCAGGGCAGUAAACCCAAAGGGAGCUGUAAAGUGUUCAAUAUCUACGACACAUAUGAGUGCUUUGACAUAUCGGAUCAGACGAAGUUGACACACGUGUCAGCUUUUGACAUAAAACACGCAAACCAGAACUACUCCCUGGCACGCGAUGACAGUGACGAUGACGAGGGCAAGGUGGUAACAAGCAUCAGUGACUACAACAUUGAGUUUUUAUCCAACCUGUCUAAGGUCAAUGAAAAGUGUAACAUGCUAAACAGUCACAAGAUAAGCUGUAACCUGGUUAAACCGUGGUUCACGAACCCGAUCAACGAAAAAAUACAAAUAAACAGCAACAGGUCCAAGCUUUCGAGGUCGAGCAAGGUGAAAACUGAGGAGAAGCACCUGGUUACUGACGAUAACAUGAAGUACGUGGUAAAAAAAACGGAAGGUAGCGUAAAAUACAUCAUAGAUGAAGGCUCGGAGCCCAACGUCCAGGAUAACAAAAAGGUGCCGAUUAACAUAUACGAUAUGGAGAACUACUAUGAGGGUGUGAAUUAUGAAUAUCAAAACGACGAGGGGAAGACGUUUUACGAUCCAAUUUCACAUUUCGAAAGCGUGAAGGAUAGCAAGAAAAAAACGCUGGAUAACACCGAGUGGGCCAUGUUUGGGCGGCCGCUGGUGAAGAAAACGAAGGAAACAGUGCUAAAGUGA